AUGGUGUCGGUCCCCAGCGCCGGCGGCGUCGCCAGCAGCACAAAUGCCAGCGCCCGCAAUUCCCCAGCCCCGAGGUCGACGCCGACCCAGGCCUCGACGAGGCCAAAACGCAAGGUCAACACCAACGGCUACCACCCCGCCAACACGACGGUCCCCUUGAGCGCCAUGGUCAGCACGGGGCUGGACCUGACGUCGGUCGAGCGCCGCGGCCAGCCCACUGCGGUGCGCGAGCCUCUCAAGAAGAAGGACCGCCUCCACGGCAUCUCGGAUGCCCCGACGUACUGCCCGAAUGAGGACGAAUGGCGCGACCCGCUCGAAUACAUCAAGAGCAUUGCCCAGGAGGCGUCUCAAUACGGCAUGUGCAAAAUCAUACCACCAGACUCAUGGAAUCCCGAUUUUGCAAUCGACACCGAGAAAUUUCAUUUCCGGACUCGAAAGCAGGAGCUGAAUUCUGUGGAAGGGAGCACCCGUGCCAACCUGACCUACCUCGACGGCCUGGCCAAGUUCCACAAGCAGCAGGGCAAUCACCUGCUUCGGCUGCCCUAUGUUGACAAGAAGCCCUUGGACUUGUAUCGCCUGAAAAAGGCGGUCGAGUCUCGCGGCGGUUUCGACAAGGUCUGCAAGCUGAAGAAAUGGGCCGAGAUCGGUCGAGACCUCGGCUACAGUGGCAAGAUCAUGUCAUCGCUGUCGACAUCGCUCAAGAACUCGUAUCAGCGAUGGCUCUGCCCUUAUGAGGAAUAUCUGCGCCUCGCCAAGCCUGGCGUUCACCAGCAGCUGGAGCAAGAGUAUGGCGGACCACUGACGCCGAGCCCGGCCCCGACUCCGCCCAAGCGAUCGAAUGUGAACACGCCCUCGAGCGCCAAAGGCGACUCGCCGACCCGCCAGGCGUCCGACGCUUUGCAGUCCAGCUUUAGCAGCUUGAAAAAGGAGACGGAUCGGGAUACGCCAAUGCUUGACGCUCCGCCGGCACCAACCUCAGCGAGCACGCCAGGGGGCUUUACGGCCAUCAAUUCAGGAGGUUUUACCGCCGUCAACGCUGCAUCUAACUCCGCCAGCCGAACCGCGAAUGGCGAAAGCAAGAGCUUUACACCUGAUCCGAAGCGGUUCGAUACCCCAGGCUCCUCUGCCAAGAACACGCCGGAGAGUCGUCCGAUCGGGCUUGCCGCUGCCGCUGCUCUCAAGCGGCAGCUCAGCUGUGAGAGCUCCUCUGACUCCGCGAAGAAGGAUACCGACGCGGACAGGGAAGAGGGGGACAGCAGCAGUCGCCGAAGCAAGCGGCUAAAGAAGGAGGCCGUCCCAACCGUGGCCGGGUCCCACAUGACGCCUUUCAGACCCUCCGUUCCCCGCAUCCCACGGGAUGAGGCUGCCACUGCCGGCGACAAAUGCGAGAACUGCGGAAAGGGCGACGAUACAGGCCCUCUGCUCGUCUGCGAAUCGUGCGACCAUUCUUAUCAUGGCUCCUGCCUCGAUCCGCCUCUGAAGCGCAAGCCAGACGCCGAGUGGAACUGCGCCCGGUGUCUCGUCGGCGACGGACAGUUCGGGUUCGAGGAGGGAGGCUUAUACUCACUGAAGCAGUUCCAGCAAAAGGCCAACGACUUCAAGCAGGGCUACUUUGAGAAAAAGAUGCCCUUCGACCACACCCUCAAUUGCCAUCGGCCAGUGACGGAGGAGGACGUCGAGGUUGAGUUCUGGCGCCUCGUUGCCGAUCUGGAAGAAACAGUGGAGGUGGAAUACGGUGCCGACAUCCACUGCACGACCCAUGGCUCGGGCUUUCCCACAGUCGAGAAGAACCCGAACAGCCCAUUUGCGACCGAUCCGUGGAAUCUUAACGUCCUUCCGUUUCACCCCGACAGCCUUUUCAGGCACAUCAAGUCGGACAUAUCUGGCAUGACAGUGCCCUGGGUGUACGUUGGCAUGAUCUUCUCCACAUUCUGCUGGCACAACGAGGACCACUAUGCGUACUCGGCCAACUAUCAGCAUUUCGGCGCCACGAAGACUUGGUAUGGUAUCCCCGGCGAGGACGCCGAGAAAUUUGAGGAGGCCAUGAAGGAGGCAGUGCCCGAGCUGUUCGAAACGCAGCCAGAUUUGCUGUUCCAGCUCGUCACACUGCUCACUCCAGAGCAGCUGAAGAAGGCCGGAGUGCGUGUGUAUGCCUUGGACCAGAGGGCUGGCCAGUUUGUCAUUACGUUCCCGCAAGCUUACCACGCCGGUUUCAACCACGGUUUCAACUUCAACGAGGCCGUCAACUUUGCCCCUUCCGACUGGGAGCCUUUUGGUCUAGCCAGCGUUGAGAGAACUCAGAUCUUCCGGCGCCAGCCAUGCUUUUCCCACGACGAACUUUUGUGGACCGCAGCGGAAGGAAGCGCUGCGUCGAGCCUCACCAUUGAGACUGCGAAGUGGCUCGCUCCAGCUCUGGAUCGCAUACAUAAGCGUGAAAGGACUCAGCGGGCGGAUUUUGUCACCAGGCACGAGGAGGCAUCAACGCACAAGUGCCCGCUUUCAGGCAAUUCGGGUGAGGGCGACUGCCCAUUGACUUUCAAGGUCGAGGACGAGGACGUACUCGACGAGGAUGAGCAAUGCUGCAGCUACUGCAAGGCAUUCGCGUACCUGUCACGCUUCAAGUGCCAGCAGUCCGGCAAGGUCGUGUGCAUUCUUCACGCCGGAACACACCCCUGCUGCGAGAUGACCGAGCAGCAGAGACUCGCCGGCGAAGGCCACAGCCUGAUUUAUCGGAAGACCGAAGACGACAUGGUCGCUGCUCAUGACAAGGUCAUUGAAAAGGCUCGCACCCCAGAGCUAUGGGAAGAAAAGUACGCCAAGACACUCGAAGAAGAAGCAACGCCGUCGCUAAAAACUCUCCGCGCCUUGCUCCAUGAAGGCGAACGCAUCCCAUACGACUUGGCAUCACUGCCGAUUCUUAAGGAGUUUGUCGAUAGAUGCAACGAAUGGGUCGAGGAAGCGACAAACUACAUUGUUCGAAAGCAGCAGAACCGGCGUAAGAACGAGAAGGCCUGGCAGAGCGGUAUGCGGAAGUCGAUUGGCAAUUCCUACCAGGACCAGAAGGAGCGCGAUUCGCGCAAUGUUUCCAACAUCUAUCGGCUUCUGAGAGAGGCGGAACACAUCGGCUUCGAUUGUCCCGAGAUUGCGCAGCUCCAAGAGCGUGCGACUGCGGUCAAGGAAUUCCAAGUGCGCGCCGCAGCGGCUCUCGAAAACAGCAACAGCAUGUCCAUGGAAACCGUCGAAGAGCUUCUCGAGGAGGGCCGUGGCUUUAAUGUGGAUACGCCCGAGGUCGACAGGCUGUCGAGGGUGCAGGAGCAGAUGCGCUGGAACGAAAAGGCUCGAUCUAGCCGCGGCGCCUUCCUGUCUUUGAAGGAGGUCCAGGACCUUAUCGAGGAGGGCAAGCGGCUUGAAAUCCCAAGCUACAACGACCACCUCAAGUUCUACUGCGACCAGAUGCUUGCCGGCGAAGCUUGGGAGAGGAAGGCACGGGAGCUCAUCGACGCGGAGAUUGUCCACUAUCCUCAGCUCGAAGCCCUGUCUAACCAAGUGCAGGUCAACGCGCUGCCGGUCUCGCGGGAGACGCUGGCUAGCGUUGAUCAGAUUCUUCACAAGCAGCGUGAGGCGCACCGUCAGAUCCUCGACAUCACGGAGAGGUGUCGCAAUCCGGACUACACGAAACGGCCAAAGUACUCGGAGGCUGUCGACAUUUCCAAGAAGCUGGAGGACCUGAACUCGAAGCCGAACGGCACGCUCGAUCUGGAGAACGAGAAGAAGAGGCACGAGGACUGGAUGCGCAAAGGCAAGAAACUCUUCGGAAAGUCUAAUGCGCCGCUUCACAUCCUCAAAAGCCACCUCGAGUAUGUCCUCGAGCGCAACUCGGAUUGCUUCGAUGUGGACCACGACACUCCCCGGCUUCCCGGUGAGCCGGUAUCGCGCGAGGCCAGCCCCGAGCAAGGCGGCAAUCGCUGGGAAGAUCCUCGCUCCAGGCAGGUAUUUUGCAUCUGCAGAAAGAUUGAGGCCGGUAUGAUGAUUGAAUGCGAACUGUGCCAUGAAUGGUAUCACUACAAGUGCUUGAAGAUUGCGCGCGGCAAGGUCAAGGAGGACGACAAGUACACGUGCCCGAUCUGCGACUGGCGGAUGAAGAUUCCUCGGGACGCUGCAAGGCCCAAGCUCGAAGACCUCGUGGCCCUGUCUGAUGAGAUCUCGGGCCUACCAUUCCAGCCUGAUGAAGAAGACGUCCUCUCGCGCAUCAUCGACAACGCACAGACAUUCCGAGACCACAUCGCGCGCUACUGCAAUCCUCUUCUCUCUACGGAGGCAGAGGCAGAGACACAGCGAUUCUACCUGCGAAAGCUCGAGGGUGCCGAGGUGCUUCUCGCCUACGAGACCAACUUUUUCCGGCAGGAGCUUCACAAGUGGUGCCCCGUGGCGCCCGAGGCGCCGCCAAUCCUCGAGGUGUCACUGAGCACUCGCAAGCCCCGGCCCACUAAGCUGCAGAAGAUGCUUCUCGAAUACGGCGUUGAUAACCCGGAUGACCUACCCGAGCAUGCCAGGGGCAAGGCGAACAGCCUGCGCCGGAAGGCGGCAAAUGCCGAGGCCGCUGCCGCAGCCUCGCACACCCCUGCCGGAGUCAUCCUGCCUCCAUCCAGCAAUUCUGCUUACGGUGGCCCGGCAUUCUACUCCCGAGGCCCUCACGCGGGUGGACUGGACGCGUCGGGUCCAUCGGGCGACCACGGUGCCAAGUCGGGCUCGCCGCUGGAUAAGGACAGGGCGAAGUCUGGGGGCAGCAGCAUUCUGCAUCCCGGGUUCGGACCUCAAGUGCUCAUGGACAGUUCUGUUCUGUCGUUGGAAGAACGCCUGCUGCAGGGACAGGAAGACCGCAUGGACUUGCAAACCGAGGCCGGGAAGAGCAAGGCCCUCGAGAUCCUCGGCCGUACCGAGGCGGGGAGGAGAGAAGCCGAGCGCAUAUUCGGCGGGAACGUGUGGGGCUCGAACCGGCGAUCUAUGAGCGCCCAGGACCGGUCGAUGACGCCCAGCGGCGCGGAAGACGACAUGAUGAAGCAAGACCAGGGCAACGUGGACCAGAUGUUCAAGGACAUGACGAACCAGGACGACGAAGACGAGCAGAAGAAGAAGGAGAGCGUCGCGAACGGCCCCGUUACGGCGGAAUCUCUCGAGAGCGAGAGAAAUGGCAUGGACGCGCUGUUAGAUGGCGAGUAG